CCUCCCUCCCUUCCACCUCCUCUUCCUCCUCCUCCUCCUCCGCCCCUCCUCCUCCUCCCCCACAGAAGAAGGGAGGAGGAAGGAAGAGAGAGGCAAGAAGACACACGCUUCAGAAUGGCAUUGACACGAACAUGCUGUGCCGCUUGAAGCAGCUGGAGGCGGAGCGGGACAUGCUGGUCCAGGGCUGUGAGGUGGUGGACCGGGCGCGGGCGUGGUACAAGGAACAGCUGGUGGCCAUUACCGAGCGAAUCCACGCCCUCCCGCACGCCGCCCACAGGAUGGAGCCCAGUCUGGAUGUACAACAAGAGCGUCUGCACUUCCAGCUUGCCAGAAUUCACGAAGUUAAUUUGCAUCUCACAGCACUGAUGGCUGUGGGCGAGGGGGGCGGGCUCUCCUCCCCAUGCACCUCCCCCUCGCCCCCUCCGCCCCCCCUCACGGCCCACAGCACCCCCCCCAGCUCGCCCAUCACGCCCCUCCGCCCACACGCCCGCAGGAAGAUCAGAGGCUUGUUAACAGAUUGAAGGAG